GAUCUCCUUGCCUUCCUCGCCCCAUCCCCCUUUUUUCGUCCGCGGGACGGAAAGAACAAUGCAUGGAAUGGGCGCGUUCGCUUUGCCUACUCGUCUUCUUUCUCAUCUUCCUUUCUUUUUCUCGCUUUUCCUCUUCUGCAACGACUCUCCGUCUAGCCUUCUCCACACCCUCCCUCCACACCCUUCCUCCAUACCCUCCCUCCACACCCUCCCUUCGUCUCGAGCCUCGUCUGCUCUCUUUAUCUCUCACUCUUUCGCACUCUUUCUCACGCACACUUUCUUUCUCCACGUCCUAUAACCUCACUUCUCCGAUUUAAUUCUCUUCUCAUAUCUCACUAGUCCGUCUACAGUAGGUGUCACCUCCAUAUCUCCAUUCGACUCUCUGUGUCCCAUUGUCGCGUGUCCUCUUCCUAGAUCCUCUCCCAAUUUCCUUCUCAUCAACAUCACCGACGCUUCAAAUAUACCUUCAUCUUAACAUUUCGUAUCACCACACCAUCUCCAACUACCGUCAAUGAUUGCAUCCCAGCACUCUGACCCACUCUAGCUCCACGUAUACGCCAUAUGAAUAUCAUUUCAGCCCCCCAUCUCCUCUUUGCGCGAC